ACUCCCAGCUCCAGUUCGCCCCACUCUGCAAUCCCCACUCUGUCCUCACCCAGGAAGCCAUCAUGUCUUGCCGUUCCUACCGAGUCAGCUCUGGGUGCCACAUGGGCAACUUCAGCUCUUGCUCUGCAGUGAACCCCAAGAACCUGAACCGUUUCCGGGCCAGCUCUGUCUCCUGCAGGAGUGGGCCCAGCUUUGGGGGCCUUGGCAGCUUUGGUAGUCGGAGCGUCAUCACUUUUGGAUCGUGCUCACCCAGGAGAGCAGCUGUAGGCCCUCGUCCCAUCCGCUGUGGAGUUGGCUUUGGUGCUGGCAGGGGGAUGGCCUUUGGCUUUGGUGAUGGGAGCGGUGCUGGUCUGGGCUUUGGGGCCAGAAGUUGUGUUGGUCUGGGAUUUGGAGCUGGCAGUGGCCUUGGCUAUGGCUUUGGAUACAGAGUUGGAGGAGCUGGAGUUCCAGCAGCCCCAUCUAUCACAGCAGUGACUGUUAACCAGAGCCUGCUGACCCCCCUCAACCUGGAGAUUGAUCCCAAUACCCAGAGGGUGAAGAAGGAUGAGAAGGAGCAAAUCAAGACCCUCAACAACAAAUUUGCCUCCUUCAUUGACAAGGUGCGGUUCCUGGAACAGCAGAAUAAGCUCCUAGAGACCAAGUGGAACUUCCUCCAAGAGCAGAAAUGUGCCAGGAGCAACCUGGAGCCCCUCUUCGAGAAUUAUAUCACCAACCUGCGGAGGCACCUGGACAUAGCAAACAGCGACCGGGCCCGGUUUGAGGCUGAGAGAAACCACAUGCAGGAUGUCCUUGAGGGUUUCAAAAAGAAGUAUGAAGAAGAGGUGGGGUUCCGGGCCAACGCUGAGAAUGAGUUUGUGGCUCUGAAGAAGGAUGUGGAUACAGCUUUCUUAAAUAAGUCUGAUCUAGAAGCCAAUGCAGAUACCCUAACUCAGGAAAUUGACUUUCUGAAAACCCUAUAUAUGGCGGAAAUCCAGUUGCUGCAGUCACACAUCUCAGAGACAUCGGUCAUCGUGAAGAUGGACAACAGCCGGGACCUGAACAUUGAUGGAAUCAUCAACGAAAUCAAGGCCCAGUAUGAAGAGGUCGCCAGGCGCAGUCGGGCUGAUGCUGAGGCCUGGUACCAGACCAAGUACGAGGAGAUGCAGGUGACAGCUGGCCAACACUGUGACAACCUGCGCAACACAUGGGAUGAGAUCAAUGAGCUGACCCGCCUGAUCCAGAGACUGAAGGCAGAGAUUGAGCAUGCCAAGGCUCAGCGAGCUAAGAUGGAGGCUGCAGUGGCCGAGGCAGAGCAACAGGGCGAGGCGGCCCUCAACGAUGCCAAGUGCAAGCUGGCGGAUCUGGAGGGCGCCCUGCGGCAGGCCAAGCAGGACAUGGCCCGGCAGCUGUGCGAGUACCAGGAGCUGAUGAACGUCAAGCUGGCCCUGGACAUUGAGAUCGCCACCUAUAGGCGCCUGCUGGAGGGCGAGGAGAUCCGGAUCUGUGAAGGUGUUGGACCAGUAAACAUAUCCGUAAGCAGCUCCCGGGGCGGUAUAGUGUGCGGGCCUGAGCCCCUGGUCGCAAGCUCCACCCUCUCCCACAGUGGAGUCACCUUCUCGGGCAGCAGUGGCAUCCGGUCCAGUGGCACCUGUGAUUCCAGCCUGGGCGGGGCCCAGGUCAUCAAGGCCAGCAGGGACCUGCUGAGCGCAGGCUCCCGAGGCAGCUCGGUGCUCAUGGGCGAGGCUUGCGCUCCCAGCACCCCCUGCCUGCUGCCCACCGAGGGGGGCUUCAGCAGCUGCAGUGGGGGCCAAAGCAGCCGCAGCUCCAGCGUCCGCUUCAUGUCCACCACCACCUCCCAUCGGACCAAGUACUGA